AUGAAAUUCACAAUUUUUCUCGUAUUACUUGUCCUAUGUAUCGGUGCUCUAAACGGUGCUAAACGUAGAGUCAGACAAACAGCCAAAUUACAGUUCGAUCCGAAAAAGGCAUACGAUUUCAGUGAUAAAGUUGUAUUGACUACCGGUUCGAGUAGUGGUAUCGGUGCCGAAGUUGCCAAACUGUUUGCUCAAUUGGGUGCCAAUGUAGUGAUCACCGGUAGAAACGCUACGGAAAUACAACGAGUGGCCAAUGAAUGCCAAAAUCUAUCGCCAAAAAAACUAAAGGCAUUACAAGUGGUGGCCGAUGUUUCCAAUGACAAACAAUUGACUGAUUUGCUAAAGAAAACAAUCGAUACGUACGGAAAGUUAGAUGUGUUGGUCAAUAACGCCGGUAUGGGUGCGAUAACACCGAUAAUUGAUCCUAAAUUUAUGUCGGCUUUUGAUAAGAUUAUGUCAGUUAAUCUAAGACCUUAUGUUCAACUGAGUCAUCUGGCAGUACCUUAUUUAAUGAAAACUAACGGCACUAUUAUUAGUACAUCGAGCGGUCUGGCAUUUACACCGGAAAAAUAUCAAUUGGCUUAUAUUAUGUCCAAAGCGGCUAUCGAUAUGAUGACACGUGUUUUGGCACUAGAAUUGGGACCCAAUAUACGAGUCAAUACUAUUAACCCCGGUUUGACUCAAACAAAUUUUCAAAAUGUUAAGGGCAUAGAUCCGGCUAUCAUACAGGCAUUUAUGAAAAUGGUUGCCGGACGGACACCAUUGAAACGUUUGGGUCAACCCAUGGAUAUGGCUAAAGGUGUAGCAUUUUUGGCCAGUGACCAGGCACAGUUUAUUACCGGUGCCAAUCUUGUUGUUGAUGGAGGAUUAGUGUAUAAUUCGGGUGGACUAAUGGAUAAUAUUAGUUUCUAA